AAUUCCUAUUUAUUAAGAACCGCAAUUAAAAUUUUAAACAGUCGGUUAAAAGGUUUUAUCCCAAGCAUUCGAUCUUCGAGGGAUAUGAGAAAUUGUACAUUUCAUCAUACCGUUAAUUUUGACAGUUUGCAGCCGUUAGGGUUAAAUUUCCGUGUUGACACAUCGGGAAUCUUUAAGUCAACUUGUUGGAUUAGCGUUUCAACGUCAUGGGUGUGAAUUGGAAGAUGAUUAAGGACCUCGGUCCUCAGAUAUUAGCUACCACACUUGGUACACUGAUCGCUGUUUCCGAUGGCAUGGCUUACGGUUGGACGUCACCAAUGAUACCUUAUUUCGAGAGUAACAAAAGCCACAUUGCUAUAACAGAAGCCGAUGCAGAAUGGUUUGAAAAUAUAAAUUUGAUAGGCGCGAUAUCAGGAUUACCUUUCACUAUAUUUGCUGUGGAUUACUUUGGAAGAAAGCCCUCAUUGUUACUAUCUGCAGUUACUGGCUGCAUUUGCUGGCUUGUACUGCUCUUAACAACAAAUGUAAAGGUUAUAUACGUCGCCAGAUUCUUCUUCGGCAUGGCUGGCGACAUGUGUGGAGUUGCCGCUCCAAUGUACGUAGCCGAAAUAGCUGACCAUAACAUCAGGGGCUUUCUAGCCUCACUUAUUUAUUUGCAAAUGCUGAUUGGAAUCUUAUUGGUGUACUGCACUGGUGCCUUGGCACCAUAUUUCGUCACAUCCGUUGUAGGAAUAAUCAUAACCGCGUCACAGUGUGUAACAUUCCCCUUCAUGCCAGAAUCUCCUUAUUAUUACGUGACUAGAAACCGACAUAAAGACGCGAGAAAAGCUUUAAAGCGAAUCAGAUCUGACAAAGAAAGUAUAGAUAAGGAAAUUGAGGAGAUCGAAGAAGAAAUAGCGAGAGAGAAACUAGAAAAAGGCAGACCUCAGGACUUAGUUUUAGUUCCCAGUAAUAGACUGGCGAUGAUAAUAAUGCUGGUACUAAACGGUGGCCAACACUUCGUUGGUAUUAGCGUGAUGAUGAUGAACGUUCAAAAGAUCUUGACUGAAGCUGGAUCAGUAUACAUGGACUCGACCACGUCAGCUAUACUAUUUGCAGUGAUGAUGUUGGCUAGUUGCUCGGUAGCCUCAGUUUUUAUCGAUAGAUUCGGAAGAAAAAUUUUAUUAAUAUUAUCAGGCGUCCUAACAGGCAUUGCGUUAUUAGCAAUAUCAAUCUAUUUCCAUCUAAAAUACUUGAACUAUAACGUGCUUCCUAUAAGUUGGUUACCAGCAGCCUGCGUUAUGAUAUACGCAGCUUCAUUUAAAGUGGGUUUAGGUCUAGUACCUAUUGUCAUUACAGCGGAAAUAUUCCCCACAAAUGUCAAAGCAAUGGGAAUGACAUUGGCAGAUGUAAUUUAUGUGGUAGCUGCGUCAGCAUCAAUCAAUUUGUAUAAUCUUUUAUAUAACAGCUUCGGUAUACACGUGCCUUUUUACGUGUUUAGUGCAGUCAGUUUUUUGAUUGCUGUAUAUACGUAUUUUUGGAUACCGGAAACAAAAGGGAAGACUUUGGAUGAAAUUCAGUUCUUAUUGAAAAGAAAAACGCACAUGACCGAGAAAGAAAAAAACAUACCGAUCGAUGUUAUUACAUGAAACACUUGAAUUGAAUGAUAAAAUAUUUUUAAUGUAAAAAGAAAAGAAUAAGGAAUAAUUAAGUUUAUCUUUAAAUUUUUUUUAAUAUCGAAAAUGUACAGCGUGUUUCAAAACAAAUACGAAAAACUCAACAAGGAUAAAAAAUAAAAGUAUUAUUUUCCCGACAUAUUUGUUCCGCAAUAACUUCUUAAGAGUUGCCUUUGUUCCAAUGUUUAUACAGGGUGAGUUUAAUGCAAAUAUUUUUAGUAGUAUAUUUCGACCCCUGAAAUACAUCCAUGACGUUUUUUUCUCGAAAAAAAAUGAGUAUUUCAAAUUUUUAGAUAGAAAAAUUGAAAUUAUAUAAAGAAAAAUUAAAAAAAAUAAUUUUCUUAUCACCAUUGAUCACCGUACUAUCAAAUUUUGUUUUUUUUUACUUUUUAGCUAUAAAACAUGUCAUGAUAUGACAACAUAGGUUGCAAAUUCAAUCCAGAAGAACAAAGCCCCAGAAAUGUCUAGUGCUUCUCAAAAUUUAAGUAAAAUAUUAGAUUUUUUCCAAAUUUCAAAAUAAAAUAAUUUGGUUAUUUUCAACUUAUUUGAAAAACGGCAAAGGGAAAAUAUGUUUUUCUUAUCCAUAUCUACCGGUUCUGAAAAUAUUUGCACUUAUUUAAGGCUGACUAACUAAUUAUUUCCAAUGUGAAUAUUUAACUAACUUAUUUUUUACCAACUGUCACCCUUUAAUGUUUUUAGCAUUUGUUUGUUUAAUAAUAAAUUUAAAUUAACUGUUUUAAUAUAAAUGAAAAAAUUUGGUAUAUACAAGGUGAGUCGUAAAUAAGUGUAAAUAUUAUUAGGAGUGGUAUAUUUCGAAACCAGAAAACAUAUGAGGAUUUUUCUUGCGAAUUUUUUUUAGUAGUAGAUUAAAUUUUCAAGAAAGAAAAUCCAGAAAACAUCCACGGUUCGCAAAAUAUAAGAGAAAAAUCUAUUUUUUGGAAAUUUUCAAAAUAAAAUAUCUGGGUUAUUUUGGAUUUAUUUGAGCCCUGAAAAUAUUUGCACUUAUUUUAUUUAAGACUCACCUUGUAUACAUGUAAUAAAAAAUAAUAGUAUGUAGUUUACUUAAAUGUAUACAUAUUUUUUUAUUUAUUUUUUAUAAUGCAAGUAUUAUUACGUUUAAUUUCUAAGCUAAAAUUAAAAAUUAUGUUUUGAAAUAUAUCACCCAAACUUUUUAUCUUUGAAUGAAAUAUGGCAUUUCGAUUAACAAUUUUAUUUUACAUAUUUUAUAUUUAAGGAUUUGACAUAUAUACAUUGAUCUAAAUAGACUGAAUUUUACAAGCUGUAUUGUAGUUCCAUAAGUAGCACUUAUUUGAUGGUAUUAGUAGGAUUUUAAAAGGUUUGCAAACGUAUAAAAAAUAACGAUUUUGUUCCAAAAUUUCUCUCUUUGUCACACAUCAGAAGCGAUGAAAACAAGUCUGACCCAUAUAUUUAUUACAAAAUAUCUUUUGUUUAAAAAAGAUACCAUGUCUCGUUAUUUUUAAAAUAAUUUUAUUCUUGUAAUUAUUUAAAUAACACAUUUUAAUAUUUGCAGCUAAUAAAAUAUUGAGAUAAACCCUAA